CGCAGGAAAAUCUGCACAGUACAGUGAAACCAACGAGGAAGCGCAGGAGGCGUGAUGACAGGGCUGCGACUGUCCGGACGCAUGAGUCCUGGGUGUUUCUGAGUGUUUCGCACAGGUACUGUAUAGGUAAAAGCGCUAUAUGAAGGUAAAGUCAGCAGCUCAGACAGUACUUAGUCCUUCGUCUGCACAGCACUGUGUCUGCUUCCGGAUUGUUUGCUUUCGCUUUUUUGUAAAUUUGCUUUAGUCUGUUAAAUAUAAGCAUCCAGAAACUUUGCAGGGAAGAUGAGCGGCGACCGCGGCGCUGGGAAAGGAGCCGCUCCGUGUCACGUAGUGAAGGAGGAGGUUAUAGCAGAGGGAAGAUGGCUCAAGAUGGAAAAAACUACCUAUGUGGACGGCGGUGGGACAACCAGGCGUGGGAAUCAUCGCCAUCCUGAAAAGGACCCUCCACAUAGACUGCGUGGUGCUGGUGAAGCAGUUUCGGCCGCCGAUGGGCCGUCACACCCUGGAGUUCCCAGCAGGGCUUUUGGACGAGAACGAGAGCAUGGAAGCGGCGGCACUGAGGGAGCUGAAGGAGGAGACGGGGUACAUAGGAGAGGUGGUGGGCACUUCCCCAGUGUCAUGCCUGGAUCCUGGCCUGUCGAACUGCACCACUCAUGUCGUCAUGGUUAACAUCAAUGGCGAUGAUCCUGAGAACCUCAAUCCUACACAGCAGCUGGGUGAAGAAGAAUUUGUUGAAGUUGUACUUCUACCUCUCAACGAGUUCCAGAAGAAAGUCGAUGAACUGCUGCAGAAAGAAGACAUUAUUGUGGACUGCAAGGUGUACAUGUACGCCAUGGGUAUGACGCAAGCGGUCGCCAAGCCCAGCGAGCUUCCUGUGCUGAAACAGUGAGGGUGACCCUUGUGGGAAGGAACCCGAAAUCUAAUUUCAGGGGAAACACUUUAUCAUGGACCUUGAUUUAGGUGCUUUGAGUCUGAGUUCAGACAGACAGUAUUUAGAACUUUAGUAUGUUUGUUUUGUAUCAGAUAGCUGUUAAGCUGUUUUUAAGUAAAACAACAUGGUAUGUUUUGUAAACGCGUCCGUCUUGCAUGAAUUAAUAAACAUCUGCUCACUGACUUGAUGAGUGAUCUUAAA